AUGGCGUCCCUUCUCUCGACGCCUACAGAGAUUCUUCGCAUGAUAUUUGCGUCCCUAUCGCACGGCGAUCUUGUCGCGGUAUGCCUUACGCAUAGGGGCUUGCGAUCUCCUGCCGAGCUAUUUCUCUACGCCCACAUUCAAUGGACGUGGUCAGACUCCCAGCACCCUCCAAUUGCUCAAUUCUUACGAAGCAUCGCUCAGAGGCCCGAGCUCGCAACUUAUGUCCACGAUGUGGUCCUCAAUGGUGACAGUUUCAACAAGGGCGUAAAUGACCCAGGAAACGAAAGCCCUAAAAUACCGGUUACAGAACUUGUCGUGAAUGAGCUAGUGGAACUUGUUGCAAGGAUCAAUGUUCCAUAUGCUGAAGAAUGGAUCCAAAAGCUACGCGCCGGAUCGAUGGACGCGUUUACCACUCUUUUCAUAUCACAACUCCACAAUCUAAAACGUCUCUUCCUCGACAAAAAUUACAACAGAGAGACCCGCCUCAGGGGCAUGAUGCUCCGGUCGGCACUCUGCGAGGAGUCCACAAAUAGCUAUCUUAGUUCUUUCGCAUAUCUUGAAGAUGUGUCUGUAGAAUCUGCCUGCCUUCACUACAAUAUUCGCCAGAAAACGGACACUAGAAACACACAAGACAUUCUCCCUCUCUUCUACCUACCGUCAGUCAAACGGAUCAGGGCUUUGGUCGAUAACCCUGCUACUUUCGCAUGGACCGGAAAGAAUCCACCAAAUCUACGGAGACUCAGAACACUCGACUUGACUAUGUUGCGUGAAAAGCAUCUUGGCCAAGUCUUAUCGGUCACAACCAGGCUCCAGAAGCUUCAAUGGGACUGGUACUACCGCGAAGAUCUGGAAGAUGAUUCUGUCACCGGUAUCAUCGAUUUGGACCAAAUCGCCACGGGUCUAUCUUAUGUCAAAGAGACCUUGACAGACUUGACUAUUACAGCCGGAUCAGAAGGCUACAGAGGCGACCUUGAAGUGCCAGAGGUCCAAUUCAGUGGAUUGUUCAAGGUCUUUAGCGAACUUGAUACAUUGAAAAGAUUGAAGGUCCCGAUUCCGUUUCUGCUUGGAUUUUCUCCCUCGGCGUCAAAAGCAAAUCAUUUGGCAGUUGCACUUCCUACAAGUCUUGAAUGGCUGACUUUAACCGACUGCUUGUGUUACAAUGAACAAUGGAUGUGGCAAUGGGAGACUGACUACCUUUUGGAGGCUAUUCGAUCAUGGCUUCAAGAUUGGAAGAGACACACACCUAAUCUUCAGGGAUUUUGUCUGUUGGGAAGUGUGAUGAAAGCGCAAGAUUGGCAACCUGACAUGAUACAGGGGUUAAGAGAUUUAGGAACCCAGUCCGGAAUCGAGGUUCAAAUAACUGACAUUGAACCCAGGUGGUCAGGUCAUAUGCCGCGAGAUCUCCAAUUAUGA